GUCCUCCAAUCACCGUCUUACAUGUCCGAUUUUACACGUCCUAAUCGUGUCUCGCGUUGAUUGGCUCGAUGGGAUGUCAGUUCGUCGAGGGAGCUUUGAGAAGAGAUUUCGUCAUAGAGUGCGACGGCUGAUCUGGGGUCGGUUUGCGUGUUGUUUGCUGCUUGGAAAGAAUUGAACUAACUGACGCAGAAUCAGAAUUACGCGCGCAGCGUUGAAUUGCGGUUGCUGGACACAUUUAGGUCUCGGGGUUACCUUAACAACCCGUUGUCAUGGUGAAGACCACAAGAUGACUCGCACAUCGGUGGUUCACUUAACAUAACACGCGCUGAUUUGAAUGUGUUGUUUUUGUUGCGUUGUUUUAUGCUUAGAUUUAAAUGAAUAGAUGUGUUUUUAAUUCAUAUUUAACUUAAAUGCUUUUAUUUCGAUGAAUAUUAUAUAAAAGCAUAUUAUGUUUAGUUGAAUAUUAGAAUUUAGAAGAAUGUUAAAGUAAUGCAAUAAAAAUGCAAGGGACAAAAAAGAGGGUGAGACCUGUCAGCCGAUAUCUGGCGUGUCCUCUUCGGCCUUACAUGUGCCAUGUAGAAGAUGAUCUACAGCAGGAGUUAUCUUACCUUCAUGCACAGGUGUUCCCUUACCUGGACUCACUUUGCUUGGCCAGAGGAACAUGUUUCCGUCCUGUGGACUUGCAGCGAAGCAAAGAAAGAGGAGAUGAAGACUUGAGCUCCCAAACCACCCAUAAGACACCUGCUCUCUCCGAUCAACAGUUGAAAAUCAGUCUGGAUCUCAUUGAUCGAUCGCCUUUUUUCAUUUGUCUUCUUGGAUAUAAAUAUGGUGAUUUCGGGUCCACGUUCGAUAUUGGACCUCGCUCUUUCUCUGAAGUGGCCAGGAACUUACAUGUUGCUGCAAUGUCUGGUUACCCUUGGGUCACGGAGGACGAGUGCGGAACCUGCUGCCUGACAGAGCUGGAGAUCAUCAAGGCGGCAUUUCAGGACGAGCACAGGACAUGUUUCUUUUAUUUCAAAGACUACACGCCCCUGGACAAUAUGGAGAAUAUCAGUGAUGAAAUGCUCAUGUCCCUGAGUGAGCUGUACACUGAGAACCAUAGUGUGAGACGUCGAAUGAGAAAUCUUAAAAGACGAAUUAUAGGCCGCUGUCUUCCUGUCAGAUUCUUCAGAAACUUGCAUGAGCUUGGGAUGAUGAUGAGGAAUGACUGGGAAGGAGUUAUAAAUCAGUUUUAUGGAGAUCCAGAGUAUCCGAUCGCAGGAAGGCAAGAUUUAUUGGAUCUCCGUUAUCAUGAGAGCCACGGCCGUGCAUUGUGCGACUGGUUUGUUCCCUCAACACAAUCCACUAAAAUACUGAACACAUUCAACACAUUUGUGCAUCCUAUAACCCAACACACAAAAUCUGAGAUGCACUCGAGAAAUCGAGAAGCGCAUUUCAAAUGUGAUCUUGGGAGCAGAGAGUCGGAGAAGUCGGUUUUGCUGGUGAGUGGUGAAAGGGGUUGUGGGAAGUCAACUCUGGCGGCACGGUGGCUACAGACCUUCUGCAGAGAGAACCCUGAUGUUCCGGUCAUCUCUCAUUUCUGUGGGACAAGCACGUCCAGCACUGAUGUCAGAUCCAUGCUUAGACAAUGGACCGCUGAACUUCAAAGAGUGCAUUAUGAUUGGGAUGGAGUUUUGGAAGAUGCGACUGAGUUUAAACCCCUUCAUCACAUGGUGCAGGCAUUCUCUGCAGCACUCCGAUAUGGGCCUUGUGUACUUUUACUAGAUGGCGUUGACCUUCUGACAGAAUCAUUUGGACUUUCGGUUCAAGAGGUGAAGGAGCUAAGAUGGUUGCCGAAUGCUCUACCUCCCCAUUGUAAAUGUAUCAUUACGACCACAUUUACUGACCUCACUUAUAAAAGUCUCAACGUCAGGACCGAUGUCCACACUCUCACAUGUCCUCCUCUAUCUGAUCCCAUCAUCCACCGCAGUGUUUUAUUCAAACAUCUCUCAUUACCCUGCAAAGAACUGCCAACCCGUGUUUUCCAAAGAAUUGCGGCUAAGAAGCUAUGCCACUUGCCGGCCUUUUUAGCUCUCCUUGGUACAGAAAUGCGGUCGUGUGGGGUGCAGAGGGAGAAAGAAGAAGAGAUCGAGAUGUUGGAGGAAUACAUAGAUGUUGAUUCAAUGCCAGAGCUCUGUGUGAAGGUCAUUCUUCGCUGGGUGAAAGAUUACAAUGGAUCUCGUAGUCGAACAAAAGCUAUGAGUCAAUGUAAAGCCACUAGCCAUACAACAAAUGCUGCAUUAUUUACAGAAGGUACAUCCUUAUUAUAUAAAACCAGAGUCUGGCCAAUGAGAUGUAUUUACAGCCCUUCUCUCUUCCUCUCUUCAGACCUGUCGGGCUGGGUAUGGGACACAUUGUGCUUAAUUCAUCUGUCUCAUGCUGGUCUGACUGAGGCUGAGAUUCUGGCUUUGUUGGAAGAUCUUGGUUAUCUUGGUAAUCCCAAAGAUGAGGUGCUGGAGUGGGCCCGACUGCGCUCUGCAGUUUGGCCCUGGGUUCAGGAGAGAGCCAAUGGUCAUUUGACCAUCAUGCAUCAGUCUUUUAGCCAAGCUAUGAACCUGCUGCUUCUUGAUUCGAGGGGUCAGGUUAAGAGCCAAAAGGACUUCAACCAGAUCCUCGCUGACUUCUUUCAGAAGUCCAGUUUGCAACGUUGUUCUUGGGUACGGAAGAUGGAAGAGAUUCCUUGGCACCUGAUGCACAUGGGCUCUUUCACAGAGCUACACAGUUUCCUCAGCGAUCCAGUUACUGUAGAGGCUUUGUCAAACAUACUGGAGCAGAACCCAAAGCUGACGACUGAUGUUAUACAUUACUGGACACUACUGAGGGACAGAGGUUUUGACCCUGCUUCUUCUUUCCAGUUUCUGAUGUUUCAGGCUUGUAGAAUGGAGGAUCUUGAUGAAAGAACCACAUGGAGAUUAUCACUGUUCUGCGCGAAGGUUCUCCUCUGUUUUGGUGAGAGCCAUCAGGCCGAGGAGCUGUUACUACAAACUGAUCAGAUCUUCCGAAGGGUCAAAAUGAGGAAAAGCAAAGGUGAUGAACUGGACAGAGACAUUUUGAAGUUAGUCUUGAAGGUGCAGCAUUUGCUGGCAAAUUUCUAUGUCCAAAUGCACCGGCUGAAGGAUGCCGAGAUGUAUUGCCACAAGGCACUCGAGACAGCACAGCACCUGACAGAUAGCACAGAGGUCCAAUUUAUAGUCGGACAGAUGCUAUGUUGUCUGUGUCUGAUAUUGCUGGAAGACAGACGACUGAAUGCAGUGCCAGGACUUCUGAAAGAGAUCAGCUCUGAUAGACACAUGUCUGACCAUCCCCGUUCCGAAGGCACUGUGUUGUUUUUGAAGGCCAUAUACAAAUCGAGUCUCAAUGAGCUUGAGGAAGCUGAGAGAUGUCUCCGAGCGGCCCUGUCCAGCAGGAGGGGCUGGUAUGGUUCUGAGCAUCGACUGGUGGCAGAAGUGGAGGAGCAGCUCGCAGAUCUCUGGGCCGACACACAGUCACACACAGAAUGGGAACAGAGGAAGAUUGUUGAAGUGUACCGCCAUGUUUUGAGCAUUAAAGAUACUGAGGCUCAAACGUUGCAACAAGUCAACCUGCAGCAAGAUCUGUGUGUGAUUCUUGUGAAGUUCGGUAAAUUCCUGUUGCGUAGCAGCAGUAAGGCAGAGAGGAGAGAGGGGCUGGAUCUACUUCAGAGAGCUUCAGACAUUAGGAUUCGCAUCCUGGGCCGAGAGCACCCGCUCACCAUAGAGUUAGAGCAUGGUUCAAACACUGAUGGUAUAGGAAUGAGGAAAUUUGCGGCAGAGGUGAACAGGACCGUCUCAAACAGGAAACAGACAUUGAGGCCAUCACCCACGACUUCUCUCCUCCAGCUACAACAAACAAAAUCAAAGUCACUUAUAACAAGACCAACCAUCAGACUCUCAAGGACCUCAUCAGAUCUAAGACCAUCACCGGAUAAUCCAAUUUACAGCCAGGAUGAAACCCUAAAGAGACCAUGGACGACCUUCCAGGUCUCAGUAUUUGGGCCACAGAGUGAUAUAAGAACUCUGUUGCCAACAGUAAAAGGUUUACAUAUGUCCCGUCUGAGGUCAGUUAGGAGGUCUUUCCCAGAGAGAUGCAUCAUACAGGAGGAAGCACUUAAACCACAGAACCAGUAGAUGAGAAUUUACUCUUCUCUUCUCUUCUGUAAAUGUGAAUAGGAUAGAUAAACCAUAUUGUAUAUAUUAAACAUAUAUAUUCUAACUUUAAUACUUCUCAAAUAGCUCUGUCUGUUUUUAUAUUGUUUAUGUUUU